AUGUGCUGCUCAUCCUGUCUUCGGUUCCCUUCCCACCCUCGUCGUCCUCGUCCUUCUAGCCCUCGUUGCCCCCCGCCCCCUCCUCCUGGGCCCCUCCUCCGUGUGGCUCCUCUCGUGACCCUCCACGCCACCAUGUGCGCUUCGGUCCGUGAAGGCGGACAUGGGACGCCACGGACUCCCCGCAGUGCGGAGCCACCCUCGGGCGGGCCCCAGUGGCGGCGCCCGUGGCAGCGCGAUUCGCAGGCUGAAGGCGAGCGGACUUUUGCGGAACAGGCGCGUCGGCUUUCGUCCUCGCUGCAGCCCCUGGAGGCUCCGCCCGCUGCGGCAGAGCGCCGCCGCGCCGCCGCUGCGCCUGAGCGCCGCUUGUCGCGCGGCGAGCGGCCCCACGUCAGCCAGCAGCAAUCGGUGGGUGGGCUCACCGUCGGCGAGCGCAGGGCUCAGAGGGCCAGGCUCCGGGAGCAGCACCUGGGGCAGUCGGCGGCUCAGGAGGGCGUUGCGGCCGCGCAGCCGCUCCAGUGGAAGGAGUUCCGGAAGCGCCAUUGGAAUCCAUAUGCUGUCGGCGAAGUCAACGCGGAGCCGAUACCGUUCAAAGUGCAGGAGGACCUCGUGAGGGCCAGGAGAUUGGACGACAUCACGCGGUGGGCCCUCAGGAGCAACAUGUCGUAUUGGGGGAACAGCAACAUUGCCACGUGCUGGCACAGGCUGGCGAAGUUUGCGGACGGGCCCUCUGUCGAGGUGAACAUCCUUCUGAACAGGCUCCACCAUGAGUUGGAGAAGCGCGGUAUCGAUGAGUUCAACCCGAGUGAGGUGGCCAGUAUAUUUUACGCAAUGGGCGCCUUGAAGUGGAAGCGUGAAGCAUUCAUCAGCGGUAUUCUGCGGCGGGUAGGUCAGAGGCUGGAGUUCUUCUCCGCGCUGCAGAUCGCGAUGAUCACGUACGCUCUGUGCAGAUUGAGUUUCAGACACGAGCCUUUCUUGAAAGCGGUUUGUGAGCACGUCCCGACACGCUUAGACGAGUUCGACCAGAUGGACAUAUCGAAUUUAGUGUGUGCCAUGGGCAGGUUGAAGUUCUCGCACCGUGGUUUCUUUGAGCCCGUCUCGGAGAGCCUAGCCGGGAAGCUCCACGAAUUCCGUGUUCACGAUAUAACCAGAAUCGUGUAUGCGAUGUCGCGGUGCGAUUUCAAGCACAAGGUCUUCCUGAAAUCGGUCCUCAACGAGCUUCGCCCAAGGCUGACCGAGCUCGACGACGUGGAGAUCGUCAAUGCCCUGGAGGCGCUGGCGACGCUGCGGGUUAAACAUCACGGGUUCGCAGUCGACGCCAGCGCAGAAGUAGCAACUCGUGUCGGGAAGCUCAGCAGCGAGCAGGUCGAACGCAUCACGAACAGCCUUCAGGUUCUGCAGCGCGGUAUGGCAAGCGGGAUUGCUCCGAAGGAACCCAAGGACCGCGCCCCAGCGCCAGGCGGCGGCGCCGCAGGCGAGCCGAGCGCCUACCGGGGAGGCUUCCGCAAGGCGCCGAGCGCCUACCUGAGCCUUGGCCCCGCCGGGCGCCGAGCGCCCUGA